GGCGCACAAGCGAUACCGAUUACCGUGAAUUCAAGAUUGAUGUGUCCUAGCGGAAAGUGCCGAGACAGCGGCAAUCACGCCGCAUCGUUUCUACUUGUGCUGACGGCUGCUUUGCUGUGCAUCGGUUCGCUUCCCACUGAGGCGCAACGUUCUGAGCCACCGUCCGUUCGUACCGCGCCUGCGACGACCGACGCAGCGCGCAGCAGCAGCAGCAGCAACUCGUCCGCCGCACCUCCCUUUGCCGUCUUCGGGUACUUACCGGAGUACCGGCAACUCCGCUUCGACUACGAGGCCUUCUUUCGGUCUGGCCUGACACACCUCAUUUUUUUCAGCGCUGAGGUCGACCCCACCUCUCUCCAGCUCACCCACGUCGACGACCGACUUCCGUCGCGCGAGAAAUGGAAGACACUCCGUGAGCUGGCAGACACGUAUGGAGUUAAGCUGCUGCUGUGCAUUGGGGGUGGCGGUCGCAGCGCGGGCUUCCCGCGGUUAGUCGGCGAUGUCCUCGGCCGGCGACGCUUUGUCAGCGAGGUGGGCCGCGUGCUGCACGAGCGCGACCUGGACGGCGUUGACUUCAACUGGGAGUACCCGAGUUCCAUGCCGGAGUGGCUCAACUUCGGCCAGUUUUUGACGGAGCUGCGCUCUGCGCUGAACCGCACCACCGCAGGCGAUCACCACGGCCGCCGCGUGGGCCCGGCCCUCAUCACCAUGGCUCUGCACCCCCACCCUAGGAUCCCCCACGUCCUGCGCGUCAGCCAUGUGCUCCCCUCACUCGACUACCUCCAUUGGAUGGCGUACGACCACAUCAUCGCGAACGACUCCCACAGCUCCGUCGCCUACGCAGCGUCGGUGCUGCAGGACGACGUCAUUGGCGACCUCGACGACGCCGUGUACAACGCCCGUCUCAAGAAGAUCCGCCGACAGGCGCACGGGGAGGCGGAGGAGGACGCACCGCAGAGCAGGAAACCACACGAAGCUGACCACCGCCGGAAGCUGUGCCUCGGAAUCCCUUUCUACGGUCGUCAUCGCGCAGACGGGCGAGUACCGCCGGAGACCUACGAGCACCUGUGGCAGUUUCUUCGGCAGUGGGCGGGGAAGCGGCAUCCGGACUGGGUGGAGGGCGGACCAGAGCUGCGCUCGCUGAGUGAGUACGCAGGCUACGACUACAACGGCUACGAUGACGUGCGGCGAAAGAUGCGUCUGGCGCGCUCUUCUGGGAUUGCGGGUAUUAUGAUUUGGGAGUUGGGCCAAGAUGUGCCGCCUGGGACGUCGCCCAUGUCUCUGAUGACUGCCGUGCAGGAGCAGCUGGCCGAAUGGGACAAGGACACCGCAUCCAACGCGGAUGAGAGUGACGCUUGUUUGCGCACACCAGCACGCCUAGAGCACACCCGAGAAAAUGCAACGAGGCUUGUGGGCAGCGACGACGCGGAUGAAGACCUGUGA